AUGUCGCAACCUAAAUCUAAUGUCUUGAACUCAACAUUAGCUGGAGCAGCAGCAGGAACACUCGAGUUACUCAUUAUGCAGCCAACUGAUGUUAUCAAGACUCGGUUCCAAUCUAUUCGCCUGGCAUCGCAUUAUCAGGACGGAAUUAUAAAUGCCUUUCGUCGUGUCCUGCGAGAAGAGGGAUUUUCUGAUAGCUCAAACCGUUUUCGAUUAGCCUUUUACAGGGGUACAUUGCCUGUCUUGUGUAUUGUCGGUCCUCGGAUAUCGUUGCAGUACAUGGGCCUUGCCUUAUACAAGCCUAUCUUUGAGAAAUACGAAGGGACGUUUAUUCCUGCACAUAGUUCUGCAGGACUUGCAGGUAUAUGCACCGGAAUCACUCAAGCGGUAACUCUUGUGACACCACUGGAGAUGAUCAAGGUCCGCCAGCAAACUGAUAUGAUGAACGCAGCUCAUCAACGAAAGUACCAUGGUCUUAUUAACACUGCUUCAAUUAUUGUCCGUCAAGAAGGAUUCCGUGCUCUUUAUAGUGGUCUUGUUGCUACAGUGGCAAGACAAUCAUGGGGUUUGUUGGUCAAAUUCUCUGGCUACACUGAAAUCAAGGCAUUAUUUACGAAGCAUUCCGAAGAUCCAAGUCAGCCUCUGUCUCCUUGGAAACACAUGGCUAGUGGUGGUUUGGCUAAUGUGUUGGUUGCUAUCCUAAACUCUCCUCCCGAUGUAGUCAAAACAAGAAUGCAAGACGACGGUCGGCCAUAUCGUAACACAUGGGAUUGUAUUAGGCAAAUGGUUAGAAACGAGGGUUUUUUGUCCUUUUUUAAAGGAUCUUAUCUUCGUAUUAUUCGAAUUGCUCCAGGAGGGGCUAUUCAGUUUGCAGCUUAUGAACAAGUUUUAUCCUGGUUGAACAAGUUAUGA